GACACUCGUACCUACUUACUCUCAACUCUCCACUAUACCAUACUUGUCUCAAGGGUCACUACAGGGGAUCGAGUGUUUCAGUGCAGAGUCAAGAGGAACAACUGGUUUGCUGGGUGUCGAUGGCGAGUGCAAUAUGCGUCUUCAUCUACGUCGAUGUCUGUGGGUAGCGUUGCCGGUCGUCGCGGUGCAAUUGGUCAUCAUGUAUUGGGGUGCAAGAAGUCCAUCUGUGAGGAAAUCAUAUAUUCCACUGAGACAUGUCCAAAGUCGAGAUUUGCCGGCAAAGCAAGAGUUCACGGGAACUUGCAAUCCUGAUCUAUGUAAUCCAGUACGAGACGACAUGCUCAACGUGCACAUCGUCGCACAUUCCCACGACGACGUUGGCUGGUUGAAGACAAUGGACCAGUACUACACGGGGGAGAAGAGCGUAGGGUCCGGAUAUUCCCACCAUUUUGGCCACGAAUGUGUUCGCUGCGUCCUCAAUACGACUAUUCCUGAACUAUUGGAAAACCCCAAAAGAAAAUUCAUCUUCAUCGAAAUGGCCUUCCUGUCCAUGUGGUGGAAGGAAAUAGACCAGCAAACACAAGCCCAGGUCAAGGAACUCAUCAAACAAAGGCGUCUGGAGAUUGUCAUAGGAGGAUGGUGUAUGAGCGACGCAGCGACGACAUUCUACAACGACAUCAUCGACCAGCACACACUGGGGUUUGAUUUCAUUGACCGUCACUUCGGACCCUGUGCCCAAUCCAAGGUAGCCUGGCAUGUCGACCAGUUCGGACAUUCCAGAGAACAUUCGUCAAUAUUUGCACAGAUGGGUUUCGAUGCUAUUGUACUUGGCCGCAUUGACUAUCAAGACAUUGCUGCACGAACGCAAAGUAAAACACGGGAGCUGGUGUGGCAGAGUAGUCCGGAUAACCUUGGUGACAAGGGGUCUCUCUUCACUCACAUCUCCGGGGGCUACUACGCGCCGAAAGGUUACGUCAUGGACGGCUGGAAGGAAGACAGACUGGAUAACAUGGAUUUGCAAACGUUCCUGGACGAGAUUGAAAAGCAGAGAAAUUCGUUUAAAACAAACCACGUCAUGAUCCCAAUGGGUAGCGACUUUGGUUUCAGGAACGCUGGAGAGUGGUUUGAGAAUCUGGACAAACUCAUUGACAGGAUAAACGCCAGGCAACAGCAAGGUAGCAAAAUCAACCUGCUCUACUCCACCCCAUCCUGCUACAUCAACAGCGUCAACAAGGCAAGGGUAACGUGGACCAACAAGACAGACGACUUCUUUCCGUACGCCGUGGACAACGGCUACUGGACAGGCUACUUCACCAGCAAGGCGGGCCUAAAACUACACGUGAAGAAGGCGGGGGCAUUGCUACAGGCUUGCAAACAGUUAAGCGUGUUCGCCGGGUUGUCUGACGUCUUCAGAAGAAUGCAUGUAUUGAAGGCGGCUAUGGGCGUGCUCCAGCAUCACGAUGCCAUUACCGGCACAGAGAAACACCAUGUUGCACAAGACUACAACAAGAUGCUGAGUGAAGGCGUUCAUCAGUGCCAGACUGUGAUUGACGAGUCCUACCAGUUCUUGACCAGCGACCAGCCUGACCAUUCCAUACACCAACACUUCUGUCCGGAGAUGAACAUCACGAUGUGCCCAGUGACCGAAUCAAGUCAUCGACUGGCCCUGUUCAUCUAUAAUCCCAUAUCACGAUCGAUCACUUCCCUGAUCAGACUUCCGGUCACGCAUGCGCGCUACGUUAUCACCGGGCCUGACGGAGAAGUGCCUGUUCAGAUGACUCCAAUUUCAGAGUCAACAUUCAAUAUCCCGUACCGGAAGUCCGAUGCUAAACUUGAGGCUGUGUUCAAGGCGGAACUUCCUGCAAUGGGCAUGUCAAGUUUUGUUCUACAAGGAGUGCCAGGUGACACUGACCUAGUCACCACGACCAGUCCGCAGCUGCCUAUGGUUAUCGAGAACAAGCAUCUCAAAGUGACCAUCGACCAUGACGGCCUGAUAUCUCAUAUAAAGAAUCUUGACCUUGACCUUGAACUCCAACUCAAACAAGAAUACGGUUACUAUGAGAGUCGAGUCGCUCCACGUGCAUCCGGGGCAUAUAUUUUCGCCCCAAGGUCUGAUGACGUCAAACCCAUUGUAACAGAACAGCCGGUUGUUGUGAAGAUCUUCAAGGGUUCCGAGUCGGUGGAGGUUCACCAAAGGUUCAACGAGUACGUGUCACAAGUCGUCCGGCUUUACGACGAUGCUGACUACCUGGUGUUGGAGUGGACUGUCGGCCCUAUCCCCGUCGAGAUAGACCAUGUUGGAAAAGAAGUAGUAUCUCUAUUCAAGACAGACUUACAAACGAAUGGCGAAUUCUACACUGACUCAAAUGGUCGAGAAACUCUCAAAAGGAAACGAGACUAUCGGGAGACGUGGAAGCUGGAGGUGAACGACCGUGUAGCUGGGAACUACUACCCUGUAACAAGCAAGAUGUUUAUACAGGACACUGACCGUGACAUCCAGGUGACGUUGUUGACAGACCGGUGUCAAGGUGGCGGCAGCAUCCACGACGGCGAGAUGGAACUGAUGGUACAUCGCCGGACGUUGUUUGACGACGGUCUGGGGGUCGGGGAGCCCCUCAAUGAGAGGGGGAAGAAUCGCCAGGGACUCGUUUACAGGGGAACUCAUUAUUUAUAUGUUGGCACGAAGACAAGUUCUGCUAAAUUCAGUCGAGAGAAAGCUCAAGAAAUCCAUUUCAAACCAACACUGUCGUUUGUACCGUUAGAUUCGGACAAAUCAAACAAGUGGGGCACCACAGAGACUAUGGCCUGGUCGGGGAUCAGGACAAGUCUGCCCGCCAACGUGCACGUGCUGAGUCUGGACUACGUGGAGGACAACAACACGGAUGUUCUUCUGCUGAGACUGGAACACUUCUAUGAGAAGGGGGAACAUCCUGAGCUGUCUCGCCCCGCCACGGUGGACCUAGAGAACCUGUUUGGUGCCUUGCAAAUAGUCGGAAUAGAGGAGCUUAGUCUUGGUGCUAACUUCAUGGCUUCCAAAGUGAAGAGGUUGAGGUGGAGAACAGAAUCUGGACUGACUCCGGAGGAAAUAGGUGCUACGGUAAAACUGCAAUGGGACUCCCCACUCCAAGUGACGCUCAAUCCGAUGGAGAUCCGAACAUUCCACAUAGAAGUCGAUGAUCAAAACAAACAUUCCAAAUCAUUUUUCAAAAAUAUUUUUAGGUAGCAAAUGUUGCUCAAUGUGCAAUAUUUAUUUUUUAUUAACUGUAAUAUAAUAUACAUAUAUAAAUAAAUCUAUUUAUUUUA